AUGAUGGCGAAUGAUGAGGAAUUCCGUAGGCUGGCUUAUGCUGAGGUAGUGAACCGCAGUAGGUCUGUGCGGGCUGCUGGUGAAGUUGCAUGUAGAUACAGAAAAGCCCAUGCUUCGAGCCGAAAACAAGAAUCAGAAGCUGCUUGGGCUCCCUCUGUUUCUAAAGAUGAUGAUGAUAAGGAGGAAGACAACCAAGCUCUACCUGUUUUUAGACCAGAACCUGAACAUCCAGAAUCAAUCUACGCAUCCUCUGGAAUAGUAGCUGACGGUUUACCAGUAUCCUCUGAAAUAGGCACUCCUACACCUGAGAACUCCAGCCCCAGCAGCUUGUGUAGCAACACCUCCGAGGAGCAAAACUGGAUAGAGGAAGAGAGUCUAAGAAAACUAAGGAGCAUUGUGAGUGUGGGAAACCCUGUGACAAAAUAUGUUGGACUGGAAAAAAUUGCAAAAGGGGGUUAUGGAACGGUCUAUACAGCGACUGAUACUGCCACAGGAGGAGUGGUGGCCAUAAAGCAAGUGAGUCUCCACAAACAGCCCCAAAAGGAACUAAUUGUCAAUGAACUCCUAGUUGUAAGGGACAAUAAGCACCCCAAUAUUGUUAACUAUUUAGACAGCUACCUUGUUGAGGAUAAACUCUGGAUAAUUAUGGAAUACAUGGAUGGAGGAUCUUUAAGCAGUGUCGUUAAAGAAGUCCAAAUGACUGAAGGAGAGAUGGCAGCCAUCUGCCAAGAGUGCCUGCAAGCACUAAAUUUCCUUCACUCCAACCUUGUGAUUCAUAGAGAUGUGAAAAGUGAAAACAUUCUUCUUGGAAUGGAUGGAUCUGUCAAACUGGCUGAUUUUGGCCUCUGUGCCCAGAUGACUUCUGAACAGAGCAAGCGGAAUUCAUUGGUUGGGACAGCUCACUGGAUGGCACCGGAAUAUGUGAAUAAGGAUGCAUAUGGGGCCAAAGUAGAUAUUUGGUCCUUUGGCAUUGUGGUGAUAGAAAUGCUGCAAGGAGAACCACCUUACUCCAAUGAAAUUCCUCUCAAGGCCCUGGAUCUCGUUGCUAAGAAAGGGGUACCGAAGCUGGAGAACGCUGAGCAACUGUCUGCUGUGUUCCAGGACUUUCUGAACUGCUGCUUGCAGACUGAUGAGGACACUCGAUGGUCUGCUGAGCAGCUUCUGCAGCAUCCAUUUUUACUCUCAGCCAAGCCUCUCUCCAGCCUCACCCCUCUGAUCAUUGCAGCAAGACAAAUGAGGGAGGACAGGAGGUGCAACGGUGACGGAGCUUUGUCCAGUUGCAGCGAUGGGUGGCUCUCAGAAUAA